AUGCUGCGAAGGCCGCCGCCACAUCCGGGGGCCCUCCGGCCUCCGCCUUGCCCCGCCCCCGCGGGCCCGGUCGCCGGGGGCUUCGCUCCUCCGGGCCCCCCCCCUCCGUUCCCGUUUCCGCGUAAGCCACCUCCGGGACCCUGUCCCCCUGGGGACCCCUGGGGUCCGCCAGGCCCCGUGCCGCAGUUUCCACCGCCGGGGCGCCUGUGGCGCCGGCGCCGCUGUGCCUGUCGCCCCCGCGGCCGGUGCCGUUCGUCCCCACGCAACCUCCUCCAGGAGGCAUCCCGCAGAGAGCUCCUCUCUGCCCCGCUGGAGUUCCGCCACCAAACGUGGCGAGAGCCCCUCCUCUAUAUCCGGGCCCGCCGCCCGCUGCGCCUCCGUCGGGCGCCCCCCCUCCACUUGCAGCGCCUGUCCCCUAUCCGCUCGAAGGCCCUCCGCCGUUUCCUGCACUUGCCGCGGGGGGGCACCCGCGGUCUCCUGGAGCGCCCGGAGGUUUGCGGCCGCAUGCAGCGCCUAGCUCUCCCGCGCGAAGUGGCGCGCCGCCUGCGGGGCCUCCACACGGCAGACAGGAAGGCCCCUUUCCGCCGCAGCGGGCACCAAGCUCGACGCGUCGACCGCCUUUCCCCAGCCCUCAAUCACACGUGGAUUCAAGGGGACUACCUCAGGGCCUGGAAGUUUUCCGCGAGGAGGGCUACCCAGCACCGGGCCCUCGUCUCACCCCAGGACCUCGGGACGGUCUCAAGCCGCACCCAGGGCCGACUGGGGACAUGA